CAGCAGCAGCGGCAGCAGGAGCAGCAGCAGCAGCGGCAGCAGCAGCAGCAGCAGCGCGCCCGCGGCGCCGGAUCCCCGCGGCGGCAAAACCCACUUCUGCAGUAUCUGAGGAUGGGUAAAGACUUCCGCUACUACUUCCAGCACCCAUGGUCUCGCUUAGUUGUGGCUUACUUAGUGAUCUUCUUUAACUUCUUAAUAUUUGCUGAGGACCCAGUAUCCCACAGCCAGACAGAAGCCAAUGUUAUUGUUGUUGGUAAUUGUUUCUCCUUUGUAACAAACAAAUACCCUGAAGGAGGAGGCUGGAGAUUUUUGAAGGUCUUUAUGUGGCUCCUGGCCAUUCUCACAGGACUGAUAGCUGGGAAAUUUCUCUUCCAUCAGUGCUUGUUUGGUCGGUUGCUUCGUCUGAAAAUGUUUCGAGAGGACCAUGGGUCUUGGAUGACGAUGUUCUUCAGUACCAUCCUCUUCCUCUUCAUAUUUUCUCACAUUUAUAACCUGAUCCUCAUUAUGGCAGGGAAUAUGAGUGCAUACAUUAUAACAGACUUCAUGGGCAUCAGGAAUGAAAAUUUUAUGAAGGUAGCUGCAGUUGGGACUUGGAUGGGAGAUUUUGUCACAGCAUGGAUGGUCACAGAUAUGAUGCUUCAGGAUAAACCCUACCCAGACUGGGGAAAGUCUGCCAGAGCUUUCUGGAAGAAAGGAAACAUUAGGAUCAUUUUAUUCUGGACGGUUCUGUUUACUCUGACCUCUGUAGUUGUGCUUGUCAUCACUACUGACUGGAUCAGCUGGGACAAGCUGAAUCGUGGAUUUCUGCCAAGUGAUGAGGUCUCAAGAGCCUUCUUGGCUUCUUUCAUCUUGGUGUUUGACCUUCUUAUUGUCAUGCAGGACUGGGAGUUUCCACAUUUUAUGGGUGAUGUUGAAGUGAAUCUUCCAGGCUUGCCUUCAGCACACAUGCAAUUCAAAGUACCUUAUUUCCAAAAAAUGCUGAAAGAGGAAUAUCACAUACACAUAACAGGCAAAUGGUUUAACUAUGGAAUUAUCUUCCUUGUUUUAAUCUUGGAUCUGAAUAUGUGGAAGAACCAAAUAUUUUACAAACCUCAUGAGUAUGGUCAAUAUAUCGGUCCUGGACAGAAGAUCUACACAGUGAAGGACUCAGAGAGCUUGAAAGACCUUAACAGAACUAAGUUGUCUUGGGAGUGGAGAUCCAAUAACACAAACCCAUUGACGAACCGGACCUAUGCCGAAGGGGACAUGUUCUUGCACAGCAGGUUCACAGGCUCCAGCCUUGAUGUCAAAUGCCUGGCUUUUAUUCCAAGUUUGCUGGCUUUUGCUUUGUUUGGUUUCUUCAUCUGGUUCUUUGGGCGAUUUCAGAAAACUGACCAAGGCAUGGAGAAUUUAGACAAAUCGUACACAAGAAUGAAAAGAAAGUCACCAUCAGAUAUGGGAAUGACACGAGAAAAUACACAGGUGUUAGAAGAACCAUUGAAUUUUCAAGAACCACACCUGGUAUCCAUAAAAUCAGACUUAAGUGAAAUAGUUUUUAAUUCUUCUCUUCUAACUUCUGAAAACUUGAACGCACAACUGAACAAACAAGACAGCCCUUUACAGCCAGUACCAGACUCCUCUGUCCCUAAGAAUAAUCCUGUGACAUAGAGGAAAAUACCCAGGAAAAUCUGUUUAAAUAAGCAGUUACUCUAAGAUUUCAGUUUUACCUUUUGUAAGUUAAGAUUUACAUAGUGUUUAGAAUAAGAAACUCAACCUAUACCAAGAGGUGCUCAGCAUGCUUUUUCUAGGAAUUUUGGGUUUUAUUUGUAUUAUAGUAUGUGCCUAUUGUAUAUCUAACAUUCCUUUAUAGAUUGCUUCCCAAAAUUGCACAAGCUAUUUAUUAAUACAUUACCUUAACUGUAUAAUAGUGUAUUAGAUGAUUACUUGCAGGUAUAAAAUUCUACCGUGGUGGUGCCUUGAGACAUUAAACUGUUUUUUAACUCAA